AUGAGAAUUGUCAAUGGCCUCGCUUUAUGGUUGUUGAUGGCCAGCACAUGCUGCGUAGCGGCUUGGGACUUCGGUCUCAACGAGAGGACCAAAUCGGAGUGCCAGCUCGUCGACUUCGAUACCCUUCAAGCAAUUAAGCGUGAUGGCCAUAAUUUCCACAUUGGUCCAAAGGGCUUUUACAUCAAUACCAAGAAUGGAUGUUUCAUCACUGAGGUUGACUCCUCGGAGUUCAAGACCAAGCAACCAAAGGCUUACGAGUCAUGGGACUAUUUGAUGAAGCUAGCGAACGGAGAGCAGAUGGAAGAAAAAGAAGAUUAUACUAUAAUUCCCGCGGAACGAGAAAUCGACCGGUCUACCACUCUAAACAUCGCUCUCAUUUUGUGGUUCAUACUGUCGAGAGUCUUUCCAGGAUGGAUUUGA